UACACCGCCGCCGCCUCGUCCUCUCUCCUCUUCUCUUCUCCGCUCUUCUCUCCAUGCAGAAGAGCCAGGGUCCGACGACCGCGCGGCGGCGCCCGCUCCGCCUCCUCCCCGGCAACAGGACGCCGCACCCCCCGCCGCCGCAGGGAUCCCGACCCCGCAAGCCCGCGCCCACUCCCGCGGCGGCCUGCCGGCCCGCCACCGCCUGCCCUCCCGCCUCCGACGCCGCGGCGAUCGACCGGCUCCUCCUCGCGCGCUCCGAUCUCGCGGGGCUCGUCUCCCAGAUUGAUGAAUUGGUCUGCGCCGCCCUUGAAUGCCAAUCUGUGUCUGCAAAAGGGAAACAAGAAAUAGAAUCAUUCAGCUGCUUCUUAUCAGACACUAAUUCUUCUUUGAAGCAAUGGUCUUCAAGACUGAAGCUAGCGUUACAAGCUUCUCCAGAGAAAAGCAAGAAUGAGUCGAAAUUCACCAGUGCAGCCUGUUCAGUACCUGCUACAAUAGGGAAUGAUAGGUUGCUCUGCAGCAACAUAGAUGAGCCCGACUUGGUUGUCUCUCCUUCACCUCUUGUAUCGUGGCGUGCCGGAGCAUGUAUGGUCGAUAGUGGAAAGCAGUUGUUUCUCUUAACACCAUUGACAAAAACAAAGACAUGCUCAUCCAGAUGCCCAAAAUCAUCGACAACGCAGUUGAAGACAACUACCGGCCUGGAUCAGCUAAAUCUUCCCAAUAUACCUGUUUUGAAACUGACCAUUUCUGAUGACGAUUGUCUCGAUCUGGAGCAAAGUGCGAAAGCAAAUGAAUCGAAUACUUGUGUCAUGACACCUAAUUUUAUCAAAGCAAAGAAGGGGUCAUCAGGAAACAGUCUCUUCUCACCUUUCAGUUUCACAGUUCAGAAGAGUGGAAGAGCACUACCUAGUCCAUGCCUGAGGACAGCAUUGUCAUGCAAGCAACAGAUGUUCUCUCCAAUAUCAGAGGGAUCAAGAAAGGAAGAAAUUCCAAGCACCGGACCAACCCAGAGCGGCAAACCUUCUGAAGCCAGUGGUGAUAUUUCAUCUGAUGAGAUCUCGAAGGAUCUGGCCUCGAGGUAUCCAGACUUUUAUGGGUUCAAUCAACCUACCAUGACUACAUACCGAAGGAGAGAAGCAGAUGAUACUCUUGACUGGUUCUUAUCGCCACUCAAAACCUGUGUAUUAAUGGAUCCUUCAGAUGAAAAGCCCAUUGCACCUCCAGCAAGAGACAGCAAGUCAUUUAUCGAUACUCCAUGCAAAGGUUUGGAAAGUGAUAACCUUCAGAAAAUAAAGGAACUUUCAGAUGACAAGCCUAUCCAGACUUCAUCAGUGCAUAGCAAGGCCUUGCUUGGUACUCCCUGGAAAGGCUUGGAGAGCAAUAUCCUGAAGAAGGGACAGGGAAUUUCAGAUGAUAAGCCCAUCCAAACUCCAGCAAUUCAUAGCAGGGCAUUGCUUGGUACUCCCUGGAAAGGCUUGGAAAGCACCAACCUGAAGGGAAAGCAAGCUGGAGAAACAACUCUCAAGAGAGAACUAUGGACUAGAUUUGAGGCGGUCUCUACCAACGAGCUCCACUUUGACAGUUCAGUCUUCCAACGAUCUGAUGGAAGGCGUUUCAUAGACAUCCUUGAAGAGGAGGCCUCAUGAUUCUAUAGCAGCACAUGGUUUCUUUUUUUGUUAUUCUGCCGUUUUGACAAGCAUUCUUAUCCUAUGGGGUGAAGGAGUAGAGUAACAUGAACUUCACAAUGUCUAGUGCGAGUCGUUCGAAAAAAAAAAGGAGUAGAGUAACAUGAUUUUUCUGGAAGCCCCCAAGAACGGCCGGGUUGAUAGGAUAAUUUGGCACUUAGCUGUAACAUUGGAUGCUUAGUAGAAUCUACUCGGCUUGUGUUAUUGAACUGUAAUGCUAUUUGUGGCUGUACGCUGGAAGGAAGGCGGUUGAUGGAGCAUGGAAUGAGUGCAGUGUGCCCUACUGUGAGCUGCCGCGCUAAUACAAUUGUAUACUCCCUUUGUCUCAUAAUAUAAGGGAUUUUGCUCGUACAGUUUAUGUGGGCAAAAUCCCGUAUACUAUGGGACAGAGGUAGUACGUUCUUUGUUCCUAAGCUCUCUUUACUGUUGACUCUGUGUUGGUGAGCAAUCCAAGAUCACCCGAGGUGAA